AACCUCCCACAACAGUUUCAUCCAUCCAUUCGCCAACACACAAAAAACAAAUCGUGCCCGCCUGUGUGUUGCCGGAGCCUUGGUGACCUACUUGGGACGCGACGACUCGGUGGUCGAAGAGACGCUUCACUCCCGCUGCACGCUACACACAAGGCAAACGCAGCUGCACACACGCACACUCGUCUGGGAAAACAAGCUGUCGACGAAUUAAGUCGGGCGUGUUCGUGAAAUCCUUCGCAUUUCUUUUGGAUAUUCCCAUCAAACGGAGAACAGAAGGCAACAUGUCUCACAACGUCACCGUCACCCGGACGACAACAACCGUGACCACCACUUCGGCUAUCCUGCUGAACACGGGCUAUUUAAAGACGACGUCCGGAAUCCUCAAGCUCUUGCAACUGAUUCUGGGAUGCGUCAUCGUCGGAUUGGUCGGCCACUAUUUCGCCCGCAGCAGCCCGCUUUUCUUCACGGCGGAGCUAUUUCUAUUAUUGAUCGCCACAACCUGUUUGAUCACGACGACCUGCUUGCUGAUCAGCUGCCUUUUGUCCAUCUCAACGGCCACCAUUAUCGCCAAGACCAUGUUUGUCAGCAUGCUUCUCAUUCCCGAAAGUGUCCUCUACCUGUGUGCCACUAUAUACCACUUGACGAUCAUUGUAUCGCGUAAUGCCGGAUACUCCGUCGCAGAGUACGGCUACAACAAUAAAAUUUUCGCCGGGGCAUUGGGAGCCAUCAACACAGGAUUAUAUUUCUUUAGUGCUCUCCUGGCCUUCCGCAUUUACAGACGUGUAUAAGCAACGCCCAAACGAACCCAACGAGAGCUUGGAAAAAAUCGAAUAUUCAAAAUCUCAUCUUUCUAUCUUUAUACGUGUUUUUUAUUUAUUGCAGUCGUGACAUCACCGAUUAUCGCUUUCUAGUUAUUCACUUCAAGCUCACUGUCUAGAAUAUGUUCAUCAUUGAUUCAUACUACCAUUUCAUUCUUUUUUCAAGAGUUGAUUAAACUGCAUUAACCUGGCAUGGUGCUGUAAACGCAAUGUUCAAAUACAAAUACAGAAAAAAAAGAGCU